AGUCGAUAACUAACUGAGUCACACGCAAAAACACGUAAUACGCAGAAACUUCCAUCUCGCGUGUUUCUCUUAUCUUUCUCUUCUUCUAUAUCUCUGGUUUUUGGGUUUUCCUCUUUCAAUUUUCAACAACACCAUCAAUCAAAUCAAUGUCUUCCUACGGCAGAUACAAUUCUCCUCAAUCAUACGCUCCAUCUGCACCUGAAUUACCACCACCUUCUAACUACACCUCCCAAAAUACUAACUACACCCAACCCCCACCUCCAUCUUACAACAACUACACCCAACCUCCACCUCCUUCUUCAAACUACAACCACCCUCAUAAUUACCCUCCCUCACAAGUUUCUUCAUCUGGGUACCCUCCAUCUUCAUCUGGGUAUCCUCCUUCUUCUUCAUCUGGGUAUUCAAAUUUUCCACCUGGAACAAACCAAGAUGUUAUAAGAAGCUUUCAAAUGGUAGAUAGAGAUCGAAGUGGUUUCAUUGAUGAUAGAGAAUUGCAACAAGCUCUUUCUUCUUCUUUUCAUAGCUUUAAUUUAAGGACUAUUCGUCUUCUUAUGUUUCUCUUCAAACAUCCUCAUGAAUCACUUAGAAUUGGGCCAAAGGAAUUUACAGAGCUUUGGAAUUGCCUUGGUCACUGGCGAGGCAUAUUUGAGAGAUACGACAAAGAUAGGAGUGGAAAAAUUGAUCCAUUAGAGCUAAGAGAUGCUCUGUAUGGUAUUGGAUAUGCAGUACCGGCCUCAGUUCUACAACUUCUGCUUUCAAAGUAUAGUGAUGGAAAUAACAGGAGGGUUGAACUCGGUUUCGACAGUUUUGUCGAGUGUGGGAUGAUUAUCAAGGGUUUGACCGACAAGUUUAAGGAUAAGGACAAGCGUUACUCGGGUUCAGCUACACUUGCAUAUGACGACUUUAUGUCUAUGGUCAUUCCGUUCCUUGUAUCUUAUGAUUGAGAAGUUGUACUCAUUGACAAAUUUUGUGCUACAUUCAAUUGAUUGUUUUGUGUUUGGUUGUCCAUAAAUUUUUAAGCUGUAAUUAUCUGUUCUAUUUCACUUUGAUUGAGCAAUAAUAAGGCAAGAAAAAGUGAUUAAAAACAGGUAAAUAAGCAAUGUAAUAAGUUGGAUAGUAGUUAAUAGAGCUGAAAUGUGUCUUUCACACAUUUUCUUUUAUCCUAAACAUUAUUUAGAAGUUUUGCAUGAGAAGAGAUAUGCACUUUGCUAGUACAGAGAGUUAUGCUUCAGCACUGGAUUAUGGUUGUCUAUAUAGCUCUAUUUUACAGUUCUGUAAUAAGCUGCAUCAAUCUCAUGAUCUUUGUCUAUAAUUUGAAUGAUGGUAUUGGAGUGUUUUGUGUGA